AUGGUGCAGUAUGGAUUACUGUUUGAUGAAACCUACGAGCCUUUGUACACACAGCCUAUGGCCUCGUACCGCGCCUACGCCAUUGCCGACCAGGAGCACCUUUUGGGCUCCGGGCUCCUGAAAGCCUUCCAUGUUUAUGUGGAGAAGGCGGAGAACACGAACGGAACGUUUGAGUUAUGUAUAUGGAGUAAAGGUACAAACUCCCUUACUCUAGAGUAUAGUCAGGAAGAAACCGUGCCCACGACAAAAGGCAAACAUUCUUUCGCAGUGCCCGACGGUGUCGUCGUGCUGUCUGGUCAGCUGAUGGGCGUCAUGUAUCGGGCUGUCAUCCCCCAGAUAGGGUUCCGAUUCCAGCCCACAAGGGUUCUCCUCUACUCUACUGGUCUAAUAAAUGACACCUACCCGCAGAUACAGGACGAGGUGACGGCCGUGCCCUCAGCAUUUACCCUCAGUAUGGCAGUUGACCUCGAUUCUGUUAUCCCCGGUCCCCCAGGUCCCCCAGGUCCCACAGGUCCCCCGGGACCACAGGGCCCUCCAGGAGAAAUACCACAGGACGUAGACGAAUGUGUCGAGGGAAAUGUGACGUGCUCCCAGAUCUGUACCAACGUUUACGGAAGUUAUCAAUGUGACUGUCGUGAAGGUUAUAGCCUGGACAUGGAUAAGCACAACUGUUCCAAUGUUGAUGAAUGUUACGAGAACAAUGGCGGAUGUGAACACCUGUGCUCAGAUUCUCGGGGAUCCUACACCUGCUCCUGUAACGAUGGUUACCGGCUAAGUCCAAAUCAGCACACCUGUAUCGAUGUUGACGAGUGUUCAGAGAGCGACCCCUGUGAUCAGAUCUGUGUGAACACGCCUGGUAGUUUUAACUGUCAGUGUUUACCUGGGUUUAGCUUGGGUCCCGCCAGUGUUAACUGCACAGAUAUCAACGAGUGUGAAGAUUUGAAUGGCGGAUGUGUGGACAAGUGUACAAACUUACCCGGUAGUUUUGAGUGCUAUUGUGGAGCCGGUUACAACCUAUCUUCGGACGGGCGCACAUGUAAAGAUGUUGACGAAUGCUCGACUGGUAAUUCAGACUGUGAGCAUGACUGUGUCAACACUCUGGGCAGUUUCCGGUGUGAAUGUCAACCGGGAUAUGGCCUGGAUUCCGACAACAAGAAUUGUUCAGAUAUUAACGAGUGUAUAACUGACAGCGGUGGAUGUGAACAGAAUUGUAACAACACAGCAGGAAGUUAUCUAUGUUCCUGUAUCGCUGGUUUUUAUCUGAUGGCGGACAACCGGGGAUGUGAAGAUGUGGAUGAAUGUUUUACCGGAUCAGCGAACUGUAGCCAGGCGUGUGCGAAUUUCCCUGGCACUUACCGCUGUGACUGUAUGCAGGGUUACACAUUACAGGCAGAUGGUCAGAACUGUACAGAUAUAAACGAGUGUUUGACUCUAAAAGGUGGUUGUGACCAGACAUGUGUGAACACAAACGGAAGUUACAGCUGUUCUUGUGAAGAGGGGUUCAUGUUACAUUCAGACGGCUAUCGCUGUCUAGAUAUCGACGAAUGUGUGAUGAACACAACACAGUGUCAGCAGGCGUGCAUGAACACUGUAGGAAGUUUCAGCUGUUCAUGUUUCGAGGGAUAUGAGCGGAACAUGUCUGAUCCCGUGUCCUGUAUAAAUACGGACGAAUGUGAAGAUAACAACGGUUUUUGUGAACAGACGUGUAGCGAUACGGAGGGGAGUUACUUUUGUUCCUGUUUCCAUGGAUACACGCUCUCGUCCAAUGGUCAUGCCUGUCUCGACACAGAAAAGGAAGAAAACAGAACGGACUGCCUAUGUAAGGAAAAUCGAGAGAAAUGUGACAGAGGCUACUAUUUCAGCAUGAACACUUCAUCUUGCGAGAACAUUGAUGAGUGUUUAGAGCUAAAUGGUGGAUGCCAGCAUAGCUGUGAAGACUCUGAUGGCGGUUACAACUGUUCGUGUUUGGAAGGGUUUGAACUGUCACCAGAUGGACAUUCCUGUCAAGAUAUGGACGAAUGCCUGGAUGACACAUCUUGUUCCAGUAUGUGUUACAAUACAUACGGAAGCUACUAUUGUGAAUGUUCGUCUGGCUACAGUCUGCUGCCAGACCUUAGCACCUGCACAGACACAGACGAGUGUGAUGACUAUAAUGGCAGAUGUGAACAGAUUUGUACCAAUGCUGUGGGGAAUUACAGCUGCGAUUGUCGCAAUGGGUUUGUCUUACUCCAUGAUUUCCACAGCUGUGCCGAUAUCGAUGAAUGCGAUUAUGAGAAUUGCUCUCAGCUUUGUGUCAACACCGAAGGAAGUUACAAGUGUGAUUGUCACAAAGGAUAUAGUUUGUCGGAUGACCAAGGGAACUGUACCAACCUGGACGAAUGUGAUAUAAGCAACGGCGGUUGUGAACAUAUCUGCGAAGACACGGAUGGAAGCUUUCAAUGUUCGUGUGAGGUGGGUUACUAUCUGCUGGAGAAUGGAGUUACCUGUCAAGAUGUGGACGAGUGUAGAGCUGAUAACGGUGGCUGUGAGCACAUAUGUGAGGACACAGAAGGUAGCCGGAACUGCUCCUGCAUGGAUGGGUUUACAUUACUGACUGAUGGGCAGGCUUGUCAAGACUUCGACGAGUGCUCCAACGAGACCAUUUGCCAGCAAGCCUGUUCGAACACACUCGGAAGCUAUCUGUGUUAUUGUGAGGAAGGGUACUCUCUCCAAUCAGAUGGAUAUACCUGUGAACGUAAACCAUAUUUGUGUGGUAGUUCCGAUGACGUGCCCCAUGACUGUGAUUGUGAUACAGGCUAUGCCUUCAACACUACCAGUGACAACUGUUACAACAUUGAUGAAUGUUUGCAGCUUAAUGGGGGUUGUGAAGACUUGUGUGCAGACACAGUCGGCAGUUACAUAUGCACAUGCUCGGAGGGAUUCAGCCUAGCCGCCAAUGCGCACUCAUGUCAAGAUGUGGAUGAGUGUAAAACUGGGGCGCAUAACUGUUCUCAGAAUUGUUAUAAUGAGAUAGGCAGCUACAGGUGCGACUGUGACACCGGCUUCCAGAAGGAUGGCCACAACUGCAUAGAUAUUGACGAGUGCUUAUUGAAUAUAUCUGGAUGCGAACAGGCCUGCCGUAACCUAAACGGUAGCUAUGAAUGCAGCUGCGAUUCCGGCUGGUUUUUGAAGCACGAUUCCUCCAGUUGUCAAGACGAUGACGAAUGUGAAGACAAUGAUGGGAACUGCACGCAGGAAUGUGAAAACUGGGAUGGCGGAUAUAGCUGUCUUUGUUCGUAUGGAUACACAUUGGCAUAUGACGGACAUUCCUGUGAUGACGUAGAUGAAUGCUACAUGAAUUUGUCGGACUGCUCAGACAGCUGUAUUAAUGUCCCCGGUAGCUACAGAUGCGACUGUCCUGAAGGCUACAAGCUUAACAAUAAUGGCUUCAACUGUACAAAUAUUAACGAGUGCCUGACUGAAAAUGGCGGCUGUGAGCAGGAGUGUACUGACACCAAUGGGAGUCGAACCUGCAACUGUACUGAAGGUUACAUCCCUAAUGGGGUCUUUUGUCUGGAUGUUGACGAAUGCUCGCUGAAUGUCUCUACCUGUGCUAUGAGGUGUAUUAACAUAAUAGGCAGUUAUAGAUGUGAAUGUGAUCGUGGUUACCAGAUACACCCAGACCAAUCUUCGUGUACAAACAUAGAUGAGUGUGCCAACGAAAACGGCGGAUGUGAUCACGUGUGUGAGGAUUGGGAGGGUAACUACACGUGCUCCUGUCGCCCCGGGUAUACACUCUCUCUAAACUCCAGAACCUGCCUGGAUGUUGACGAAUGUUCCGCAAAUGCCUCACUCUGCGAUAUGACGUGCGUUAACACAGUAGGCAGUUACAGAUGCGAAUGUGGAAAUGGAUACCAGUUACACCAGGACGAGUCAUCAUGUACAGGUAUAGAUGAGUGCUCCAAUGAUAACGGGGGAUGUGAUCACCUAUGUGAGGAUGGGGAGGAUAUUGACGAAUGUGAGAACAGCACGGCCUGUCAGUCUGGUUACUGUAUCAACACUGUCGGCAAGUAUAAGUGUCUGCUAUUCACGGUGUCAGGAACGGGAGCACUUAAAGUGGAAGACGUUAGUCCGCCCCCUGCGGCAGACCAGCACUCCCAGACGUACUUUUCGGUGGGCGCCAUCUGGUUAGGGGCGUUAACUCUUGUCAUAAUGUUGGCGACUGUCAUGGGUUUCACCAGAUGGAGAAGGGAGCGUCGUAGUCAGCGAACACCAGUGUCUUCGCCGACACCACGUUCUGGUACGCGGGCACCACAGACGUCGCCGCGAACGCCGCCCAACUCUGCAUUGUCGACACAGACACCUUCUUCGGCGGAGUUAACACCUCAGCGGCUACAGCUAGCCCUGGCCUCCACAAAAUCUGCAAGGCGGAAGUCUAGAUCUCCCAAACAAAAACAGCAGUCCAGCGGCAGAAGUUAA